AUGAGUGGCUACAUGGACGACGUCGAGCCCAUCGCCGUGUCGGGCCCCGGCGCAGGCGGCGGCGCCUGGGCGCGCUCCGGCUCCACCUCGUCGCUCGGCAAGCGCACGCGCACCGACUCGCCCGGCCUCGGCGCCUCGUCGCUGCGCGGCACGGGCUCGGCGGCCGGCACGCCGGGGCCCUCAGGCAGCACCAGUGGCGGUGGCGGUGCGGCGGCGCCGGUGCGGCCACGCACGCCCGAGCCCGACGAGGACAUCGACAUGCGCGACGCAGACACGCAGAUGUGGCUGGUGCGCGUGCCGCGCUUCCUCAAGGAGACGUGGAGCAGCGUCAGCGAGCCCGAUGCGAAGCUCGGCUUCGUGCGUGUGUACGACCAAGACGAGCGCGGGCACCAGCGCAUGGAGCUGCACCUUGACAAGUCUGCCGUCGAGUCGAAGGGCAGCGGCGGGCGCUUCUCGAGCAUCCCGCAGCAGUACGAGCUGCACAUGGCGCGCGACGCCGACGAGCAGCCGCGGCAGACGCAGAACGUGUUUGCGUUCCGGGAGUGGGAGGAGAAGCGCGACGGCGGCUCGGUGAAGGACCUGGAUGAGGACAGCGACGACGAGACAACGGAGGAGAGCGAGCGCAAGUCACGGCGGCGGACUGCCCUUGCUGGCGGCGUCAUCAACGAGGUCUUUGCGCGGCCGUCCAUCGUGGCGCGGCCAACAGGCGCUGUGGCGGCUGCGGGCAGCGGUCCGGCAGGCAUCACGCCCGAGUACCGUGCGCUGCUGCGCCAGCGCCGCAUCGACGCGGCCAAGCCGAAGAGCAGCGUCGUGAUGCUCAACCCGAACAACACGGCCGAGAACAACAUGCUCGCGGCCGGUGUGACGGGACACGCCAAGGGCAAGCGCGAGGCGUUCAUCGCCACGAAGCAGAAGCCGACCAAGUCGACGGAGAAGUUCGCGCGCAUGCCCAAGAACGAGCUGCUCGACCUGCUCAUGACGAGCUUCGACCGCUACCCGUACUGGUCCCUCAAGGCGCUGCGGCAGGAGACGCAGCAGCCCGAGGCAUACCUCAAGGACGUGCUGAGCACCAUCGGCGACCUGCACAAGCGCGGCCCCUACACCGGCAACUGGUCGCUGAAGUCAGAGUUCCGCGAUGCGCCGCGCGAGAAGGCGGCGCCGCCUGUGCAGGCGUCGGGCAGCACGCAGCCAGCAGCGGCUACGCCUGCCAAGUCUGCGGCGGAAGACGAUGGAGCAGACGACGAUGACGAUGAUGACGACGAUGGAGAGGACUUUGAUGAGGUGAUCUGAGCUGAGCGGCACCAGGGCUUCGCAAUGUCAUAGACUCGCUUC